CAGAAUUGUAUGUAACACAAUUCUGCAUAUUUUUCAUUGCUUGCAAUAACACUGACCAGUUCAGACGUGCGCAAAGCUCUUUCAGGUAGUUUACGAAUCGACAAUUUUAGUGAUCGUAUUUAGGAGAAAUGUUUCAACUAUUUCAGAGUUACCGCAACAAAAUGAUGGGACCCCAGGCGAGAAGGGGAGUCCAGCAAAACCCCCGAGGCAGCUUCCCUCUUGCACAGGAGGAAAUCCAAAGACUGAACUCCUGCCUGGAAAUGGAGAAUGCCAGGUUAGAAGACAACCAAAGCAUGGCCGACCUGGAGGCCAAGCUGGAAGAGAUGGAUUUGAAGAUAAAACAGGAGGAAGCUCUCAGAGAAAGGCUUCUCAAUGAGGCCGAGGAGGUAAAGAGGGAACUAGAGAAACUAGAGAGAGAAGAGAGAGAAAAGAGAGAAGACAAGUCCAGUGAUCCAGCAGUCCUUCACGCUGCGGUCAUUGCUCCCAAGUUUCACGAGAAUGUGAAAUACAUGAAAAAGAAGUCCUUGCAACAAGAAUAUGAGGAGUUAAAGGUGGCCCACCUCCUCAGCCAGGAAGCAUUUUUAGCUGAAGUACAGGCUGAGAGAAAAAAAAGUGAGGCCCUCCAAGAAGAACUGAAUCAACUCCAGACUUCAUACAAGGAGCUGAGCUCCAAGUAUGAAGCCGAAGUUACUCUGGUGAGGCAGGAGGCCGAGUCACAAAAGUUUUAUGAAGCAAGGCUGAGGGAGGAACAACGGCUGCUGGAGAAUCUGAGAGCUGAAAAGGACAAAAUGUUUCAGGAUAUGUCACAAAAGGUCGCAGUCCUGCAAGACAGCGAGACACUUUUGAAGGAAGAAUUGUAUCAGCUCAAAAAUUCAUACGACAAACUUAACUGCAACUAUCAAAGCGAAAUUUCAGGACUAAAACAAGACAUGGAAACAUUUUGGCAGGAGAUCAGACAAGAGAAAGAUGCCAACUUAGAGAGACAGAAAGAAAAUCUGCAGCUCAUCAAUAACCUGAGAGCAGAGAAGGAGGAGCUCUUCCAAACAAUGUCUAGAGAAAUCAAAAUCCGGCAAAAGAGGGAGGAGCAGAUGCUCCAUGAACUGCAUCAGGUUCACGUUUCAUGCGAACAGCUAAAAAGCAGGUAUGAAACAGACACUAUGCAUUUGAAGCAGCAAGCUGAAACAUACCAGGAAGACAUGAAGCAGGAGAGAAAAGCUCUUCUUGACAAAUCAGAGGAGGACAAGGCACUUCUGGACAACCUGAGAACCGAAUAUGCCGUCCUCCAAAAGAACACAACAACAGAGAUCAAAUUCCUGCUGGAGAAAGAAAGAAAUGCCCAGGCUGAGCUGGAGAAUGUUAAAGGUUUGUACCAGGAGUUAAACUGUUGGUAUGAAACCUAUGUCACUGCCCUCAAACAACAAGCAGAACAACACCAGCAGGAGAUUAGUGGUGGGAAAACUGAUUUGGAGGGAGCAAAGGAGGAUCUUCUGCAGCCCGACACGCUGAGAGAUGAGAAAGUCGAUUUCCAACCAAAACCCAACACAGUUUCCAAAGAGAUGGCGGAAGACUCACAGAGCCAAGUGGACCCAGUUAAAGUCUCGAGUCCAGAGGUUUCAUCAGAGGAACUCUCAGCAGAACCUUUAUCAGAUUGUUCAACGGAUCCAGAACCCACAAAUGAGACCGAAAUCGCUGCAAAAACCGUCCUGGAGGAAUUGGAUCAUCCAGACACUCAAACCAAGCAGGACGGCAAAAAGAAAAAAUCAAAAAUUUCAAUUUGGAAAAAGUCUGGGCUUGAAUCAUCUCCACUCCAGCAACCCUUAACUGUAAACCAGAGGGGCUCCAUGACUACAGGGCAAACUGUGAAGGUCAGAGAUAGCUUUGAGAGUGCAGCACAAUGGCAGACCUUCAACAACAUGACAUUCCACCUAAACUGACCAACCAGGCAAGAAAAGCAUUAAUCUGAGAAGCAGCCAAGGGAAUUAAGGUAAAUCUAUACAGCUAAAGCGCUGUGUGAUGAAAACUAAUGCUGAACCUCACCUUAAAACGUACAAUUCCUACUGUGUGAUGUAAUGGUGGCAGCAUCACGCUGCUGCAAUACUAUUCCUUACCACGGACAGAGAAACUAAUCAAAAUUAAUGAUUGAGCUAAAUACAAGGGAAGGACACAAGUUGCAGCUUGCAUUGGUCAGUCACAUAAAAUAUCCUAAAAUCGACUUAGGUUUUGGUUGUAAAAGCUCAAAAUGUGAAAAAACACAAGGGUAAUUGAUGCAAUUUACUGUGUACAAUUGCCAGAAGAAUGUAGGGGGGAAAUAUAUACAUAUAUUUAUAGCAGGGGGCCUCGAGAUAAAAGGUGUGUAGUACAUCAGAUCUCAAGAUUGACUCGAUGAGAGUGUAGCUACUAAAAUACUCCAUAGCUGUUUCCCUGGUAACAGCACUGCAGAGUAAACAUUCUGUGA